AUGUCACGGUGGCCCUUUUCAUCUUCGUACCCCGAGGUCUCGCCCUCGGUGGUGGAUGGGAAGACUUAUGACUACAUCAUCGUCGGAGUCCUCGAAAAGGCCGCUGUCAAGGACAGCCUUCUGUCGCGUAGCCCGCUCCUGAGCCAGAAUUUUCACUUCGGCGAUAAGCUCCAAGUGGUCAGUGACCGUUUCCCCGAGCCUUCGCCGGAAGCCAAUGGCGACAAGUUUCAGCUCUGGACGGCUGAAGGCCUGGGUGGAGCGUCACGGAUAAAUGGAAUGGUGAUGACCCGAGGACCACCCGCAGACUAUAAUUCCUGGGCUCAGGACAUGUCUCUUGAUGACUGGGCAUGGGAGCGUGUCGAACCGUUCUUUCGCAAAAGUGAAAACAACAUCGGCCGUCCCGACUCUCAGGCGAGAGGCCACGAUGGCCCUAUCAAGAUCAGGCAAUUCAAGACAACUUUCGCCUGGGGACCAUACAUCGAAAAAGCCGCACAGGCCGUUGGUCUCCCUAUCGUCGACGAUGUCAACGACCCCGCCGCUCCGGCCAUGGGCUUUUACAGGCUGGACCAAGCCGUCGAUGAGCGGGCGGAGAGGAACACGUCGUACCAAGCCUUUUUGAAUGAGAGCAUUGCCCGCAAGAGACGAAGCCACCUGACAGUCUGCACCGGCGCGUCAGCGUUGCGUUUAAAGAUGGAUGAGGACGGCGGCUCUGUGCGUGGGGUUUUUGUCCGGCCAACCGGCAUUGGCAAAUCCACAAGCGAUGUCUACGUUGAGGCGUGGCGGGAGGUCAUCGUCUGCUGCGGCGCUCUCAAGACUGCACAGUUGCUCAUGCUCAGUGGCAUUGGACCCCGGGAUCAACUGGACGCGAAUGGCAUUCAUGUUCUCAAGGACCUACCCGUCGGCCGAUUUCUCUCUGGUCAUUUUGCCUUUCCUAUCGCGCUCGAGUUGCCGAGACGAGAGACGAUGCACAUGUUUGAGACAGCAAUCUACGGGCUUUGGCACAUCUUGCUCUGCGGGGCCAUUGACGACAAGACCAUGGCUAUCCAAGAACAAGAUCCCGAGUCUGAUGGCAACAGCCAUUCAGGCAGCAAUAUGGAUAUCUCACAGCCGCGAAACAUACCCGACAUAGAAGUCAUGAUGUUCGCAGUCAUUACGCACCCUUUGCUCCGCAGCCAACAGGACUGGCCCGUCGCGCGGAAGGCAAUCCGCUUCUCGAUGCGUCUCGCCCAAGAGUUCCAGAGAUCAGGCUACCCCCACCCGGCCCUCACCGCCUCCGCGCCCGGUAACGAACUGGACAAGCUCGCUGAAUGGGAGGCAACGGCCGAGGUGGAGCGCUCUGCGGCAGCCGCGCCCGGCAAGGCAUCUCGAGAGUCUGCAGCCUCGGCGUCAUCAACCCCUGCAAAGACUUGGGACACUGUCACGGAUGACGAGAUUGACCGCUAUAUCCGCAGUGUGGCCGGCGUCAGCCUCCAACCCCAGCUGUACCUGUCGCAUGUCCAACGAUCCGCAGUCCGGGGUCGUCGAUCAGCGUCUCCGGGUCCACGGGGCCCGCAGCUUGCGCAUCGCGGAUGCCAGCGUGUUUCCACGUAUGUUGAGCACCCAUACAAUGUGGCCGGCGAUUAUGGUUGGUGA